AUCACCCCUCUUCACUCCCCGCGCAUCAUCCAAAUAACCUACACUAACAUCAACACCCCGAAUUCAGACUUCAGUCUCUCUCGAAAUCCACCACACACCUGAAUACAUCGAACUAGACCGAUCAACAAUGGACAAGAUCAAGGAGAAGCUUCACAUCGGCAGCAGCAGCCGCAAGUCACAGCCCGAGAACGAUGCUGGUCACGGUGUUGGCACCAUUGAGGAUAACCGCGACAGCAUCGACUCCGAGCUCGCCGCGAUGCCUCCUAACGAGCGUGUCGCCUACCUCAAGGAAUUCGAGGACUCAGACAAACACGGCGAGCCGAAGAAGGGCGGCUUGAUUGAGAAGCUCAUCGCCAGGGGUAACAGGAAGACCGAGGAGCAGAUUGAGCGUGAGGCAAGAGAGAGAGAGGCGGCCCAUCGCGAUGCGACGCAUGCCCAAGUUGGACCGGGCGUCGGAGCAAGCACGCACAGCGCUACCGGAGCAGGAGGACUAUAGAUGGGGCAUAGUAAGAAGAAGGACG